GGAGACAUUUGACGCUAGGGCUUUUAGUGGCCUGACCUGUCGUAAAUUACGACUCGUAAUCAUGUGAUUGAAAUGUGUUGGAAAUAUCUUUAUUGUACGUACGAUUACAAUUACUUACAUUUAGAUCAUCUUUCCGCCGUGAUUUAGACGAAAAAUAGAAUAAGUUUUUGGAUGAAAUGUUGAAAUCUCUCAGGAAUAUUGUUAUUUGUAAUAAGCACAUUGUGUGACAGGAUGGAUGGAAAAUAUUGCUGCUUUGAUUGUGGAAAGAACUACAGAGAGACUUUGGUUUAAGUUAUCUCUUAACAAAGACGCCUCACCUUAGACUGUAUUGAAAAUAUGUUUUCAGCAAUUAGAGGCAAAAUUGUAAUGUUACAGAGGGCUCCACACAUUCGGCGAGUAGCGUGCGACCGCUCGCCGAAUCCCGCAUAGUGUGGAUGUGUCGCUUGCUAUUCGCCGAGCGACGAACAUUCGGUCCUCGCCCUAUACCCACCGCGUGUUGGUCUUUAGGAGACAUCAAAGGGAGCAAACAUUUGCCGAGCAGAUCAGCUGCUCGGUAUUGGGAGAGCUGUUGCUCGCGACUUGGCGAAUGCCGUCUACACCUGAUGCAUCUAAAUUUAAAAAUGCUUUGAAGUUAGCAAUGACAAAUCAGCGGUUGGAGCCUUCAGGAGUCAGCAACUGUGCUGUCUAGAACCUAUGAUGUUGUAGAGCUGCAGUAGAUCCAAACAAAUUUUGGUUUUGUAAUCAGAUUUAGAAAAAAUCCCAACUAAAUUUGAAACCUGUGUUAAAAGCAUAUACUGAAAUACAUACUGAAUCAAUCCCAGAGAAUGUGAUUCAGGACUAUGCUCUCUCAUAUGUGUGAGGAUGUGUUUGUAGAAGAAUGCUUCAUGAAGAAUGUCGCAAUGUGUUGUCAAAUUAAAAUUGUAUGAAUGAUUAAAUGAAUGUGAAUAUUGUACUAAAAGAACCAUAACACUUAUAAAUGCUUAUACCCUAAUGCAUCUGCAAUAAUAUUUUAUAAAGAAAUAAAUAUUUAAUGGCAAUUUUCAAAAUUACUUCACAAAGUAUAACAAAUAUUAAAGCAAAUUAUAAAUAUUUAGCCCCAGAAAGAUGUUUAUGUUGAAUGUAUAUUUGUGGAUAAAAGAAUUAAUAUUUUGAUAGACUUUUUUGAAUAAAGAACAUAAGCAAAGAGAAGUGAAAUGUGUAAGCAACAAUAGAAAAGCAAAAGUAGCAAUGAAUGAAGAAAGGUUUUUGACAACUUUAUGUGCUGUGUGCGUUUUAAUUACUUCCUUAAGUUUUACAGGAAGUUCAAACAUUCUAGAUAACUUCAAUUGUUUAAGUAAUAUAAAGAGACGGAGGAAUAUAGUAUUCUACACAUAGUAUUCUAUAUUCCUCCAUGGUAAAGAUGUGAAAAAUGCUUUAUUACAAACUGUAAAACUCCAAAAGGCGUUGUACACGUCAGGUCUCGUCACUAGGUUCGCUAGUGAGGAGUUGUUUACCAAAGCGCGCCGAAAGGUAAUGCUAAUAUAGCAUGGUAUAGACUGCUGCAGUGCAAAUGCAGACAAUCGCACAGAAUCACUCCUGAGUGUUUUCACACACGAUAGAGUGGUAGAGUGUACUGCAGUGUACUCAAGGAAGAAUUUUCUCCCUAAAGAACCACUUUAAUUUUUUCAAGAAAAUUAACUGAUCAAAUCGUGGCUACCUUUACUCUAGGAAGCUACAGCCCAAUACAUAAUUAUAAUAUAAUAUGCGCGAUCUUUAGACACGGUCGUGCUUUAGAUUCAUUCAUGAAGUAUCUGUAAAAGCCGCCUUACCAUUGCAGGAAUGUCAGACUGUGUCGAACCAGGUGUCGAACUGUGUAAAGUAAAAGAGAAGCGAAAACCGCGUCAACUGUGCAAUCUGUAUCUGCGCAGAGAGAGAUAGAGUGCGGAACCACAGAGUGGGCCAGAGGCACAUAAUCAUAAUACUCUCUGGACAUAGGUAGAGCGAGAUAGAGAAAGUGGUAACAAACAGGGUGACAGUGGGUGGACUAUGGGUCUCGUGUUACUAAUUAUCACAAUAAAUUGAAUUAUUCUCUUUAGUCGUGGUCGAAACCGGAUACGUUAAAGAUGAAUUACGCCAGUUUCGAAAAAUAUGAAUCCUAGGAUUGUACUUGUGUAUCUGUGAUCAAAAUGUAUAGAUUUCCGAUUGCCUUGUUGCGAUUUUCUCGCACGUUUUAUCUUCAGCAAAACAAUUCACCGUUAAUUCAAGGGUGUGGAUGUAUUAAGACCAGAUUAAGAUCUACAGUAUCACCCAACCAACCAAGUAACAAGAUAAGGAAAUAUGUCUUCUCUAGAUUUUUGGAAUUUGUGCAAAAUUAUUCUGCAAAGUUGGAAUCCAAGUUCCCAUCUGCCAUACGUACUUACAGAGUGUUUACAGAUGGCAUGAAGGACUUCUAUAGUGACAUGAAAGCUUUUUUAAGAAUUGCGAAGAAAGUUCGCAAAUCCAAAAUAGGAACAGCAUGUCUGACUCGCAAGGAAAUAGAAAUUUUUCAUCAGAUGCCUAGAGACAUGAAAAAAGUAGCUCCUCUCUUGGUGUUAUCUACACUUCCUUUGACGAACUACAUCAUUCUCCCUCUUGUGUUCUGCUUUCCACGACAACUGUUGUGUACCCACUUCUGGACCUUGCAGCAGCGUUUUGAAUUUGCUACCCAGGUUCAUCGGCAGCGACUCUAUAACUAUCGCCCUGUUUUUCGAGCUCUUCAAGAACAGAUUGAUGGAGAAAAUUUGCAAAAGAAUCCUCUGCAAGAGUCGUGGCGAGUGGCCCUGGAUUGUUUGGGUAGUGGAACUCACCCGACGCCAGAGGAAAUUCUAAAGUUUCUUCCACUUUUUAGUGGCUCUCCUUAUAGUUUACUGCAGAUCUAUUCAGGACAUGUGACAGCUCUUCUACGCAUGCAUGGGAUGCAUGUGGGAUUCCGAAGGCGGAAGCGAUUAGCUGAACGAGCUCAAAUGAUUCAUUGUAUGGAUCAAGCUAUCAUUCGAGAAGGAGGUCCUGAAUCCAUGACAUACGAGGAGCUUCGAUUGGCAUGUUUUAUUCGAGGUCUCAACCCUGCUAACAUGAAGACAGAAGACAUUGUGGAAUGGCUUCAAGACUGGUUGACUGUUUCACAGGAAGUGGAUAAAAAUUCAUGGUCCCUUCUCCUCCAUUGCCCAAUUCUUUUGGGUUACAACCAACCUUCAAACUGGUCUCUUCUGAAACAUCCCUAAACUCAGUGUUGUAGAUGUUUUUUGUGAAUUGUUCCCUGUACAGCAGAAUCAUAAUUGUUUAAAAUAGUGUUUUUGUAUUUCUGUUGAUUGAUGUUACUCCCAGUAUUACCAAAGAUUUAGUGCAAUAAAUAUUCACAUUGCAA